AUGAGGGUAUGAGACAUGGUUGUAGAUUCAUAUUUCAGCAUUAGCUUGCAUAUGCAACACUUACUCCACAGUUAAAAGGUUUCAACUUACAAGGCCAUCCCAAAAUAAGGGUUUUGACAUAGGCUCUGAAUCUAAACAACACUUCCUGCCCCGUGAUUGAAUGAUUGAUUGACUGACUGAUCCCUGUCUGUCUGUUUCAGGGAAACAACUUCCGUCGUGAAUACAUAGCCACCCAAGGCCCUCUCCCCGGAACCAAGGAUGACUUCUGGAGGAUGGUGUGGGAGCACAACGUAUACAACAUCGUCAUGGUGACGCAGUGUGUCGAGAAGGGACGGGUGAGUUGGAGGGGGGGGACAUGACGGAUGUGUUUCCAUGGGACUCAGAUAAGUUAAUUGUUCCUAAAGAACCCUGAUAAUGCUCAGGAAUCUAAAUCAUCCAUUACUUGACAUAUGGCUUGACUGGAUUAGACAUAAAAAGGCUGAUAUCAUUGGACUGUACUUUGAGUGGGACAUUUUGGAUGGAUGGAUGGAUGGAUGGAUGGAUGGAUGAACGAAAAAACAAACAAACAAAUGAAUAAAUGAAUGAACCAUUCAUUAAAUAACUAAAUCCCUUAAUCAACCAGUCAAUCAGUCAGUCAAUCAAUCAACCAAUCAAGAGAUCUAUGGUCUAACCGUGGUCAUUGGUGUCCCCUCCAGGUGAAGUGUGACCACUACUGGCCGGCUGACCGCGAGCCUCUGUACUAUGGAGACCUGGUGGUUCAAAUGCUGUCUGAGUCUGUCCUGGCUGAAUGGACAAUCAGGGAGUUCAAGAUCAGCUCUGUGAGUCUUCUCUGUUGCUGUCACUCUGUUGAAAGCUGUAGCCCAACUGAAGAGCUUUCAGUUCACUAGGGGUACCUGUUUUUAUAUAUAAAGCAUCAGUACGAAGGCGGACGAAACUGUUAAAUCCUCUAAUCGGUUAAAUCUACAAGGUACAUUCUAGACCUGGUGUGAAGGUCCUACUUUAUAAGAGGGAGAUACCCUGCAUUUCCUGUCCUGAUAUCCCUCAUCCUGUGUCUCUUCAGGAGGGUCGUCCCAGCUUCCCUCGGGUGGUGAGACACUUCCACUACACGGUGUGGCCAGACCACGGGGUCCCCGAAACCACCCAGUCCCUCAUCGAGUUCGUACGGACCGUCAGGGACUACAUCGACAGAGCCCCCAGCACUGGAGCCACCGUUGUUCACUGCAGGUAUGUGUAA